UUAGGUGCUCGGCUUUGGAGAAGUCGACUUUUUAAAAGCAUCGGCAGUGCCUGAUAUGACGACUUCGCUUCUCUUGCACCCACGCUGGGCGGAUACCUUGAUGUACGUGUACGAGAAAAGCCCGAAUGAGAAUAACAAACUCCCAGGGAUGGAGGCACUGAGUGGCAAUUGCUCUUCCAGCCACUGCAGAGAUUUGAUUCCACAUCCAGCUCUGGGUCGCCAUUCUGGCACUUUAGCCCAUCACCACCAUCAUCAUCACCACCAGGGUCCUGUCUACUCGGAACUGCCGGCUCCCGAGGCUGGGAGGCAGUGCCCCGCUCCCCAGACCUCCUCCAGCGCCGCCCUGGGUUACAGCUACCCCUUCGGAAGCGCCUAUUACGGUUGCAGGUUGCCUCACCCGCACAACGUGAAUCUACCGCAGAACGCUCUGAAACCGUGUGCCUAUCAUCCCAGCGAGAAAUAUUCCGAGGCAGCCCCGGGGCUGGCCAGCACGGCACUGCCCAGCGAGGAACUCUCAUCCAGGGCCAAAGAGUUCGCUUUUUACCCGAGCUUUGCUAGCUCGUACCAACCCGUCCCUAGCUAUUUAGAUGUGUCUGUGGUUCCGGGAAUCGGUGCCCACGGGGAACCGAGACACGAUGCGCUGAUACCCAUGGAAGGAUAUCAGCAUUGGGCUCUGUCGAAUAGUUGGGAUGGACAGGUUUAUUGUUCCAAGGAACAGACACAAUCUUCUCACCUCUGGAAAUCUCCAUUCCCAGACGUGGUACCGCUCCAACCUGAAGGCAGCAACUAUCGGAGAGGAAGGAAGAAGCGGGUCCCUUACACCAAACUCCAACUCAAAGAUCUGGAACGCGAGUACGCGGCCAGCAAGUUCAUCACUAAAGAGAAGAGGCGGAGAAUCGCCGCCAAUACCAACCUCUCGGAGAGGCAAGUUACCAUCUGGUUUCAGAAUCGCAGGGUGAAAGAAAAGAAAAUACAAGGGAAGCCGAAAUCAGGUCACAUUCACGUCACCUGAACCGCAUUCGAAUUCAUUAAACUUCUUGCAAUAUCAAUACCGCAGUUACCCACUGAAAUAAAUGAGAUGGGGGUUUAAGAUAUUGACUUGGGGGUGGUGGGGGUUGUCGGGAGGAGGAGAAGCAAGAAAAUAAACUAUU